AUGAUUCUUCAGAAUUAUAUUCUACCACCAAGAUGGCAUAUAGAAGGAAGAGACGGUAUAUGUUGUGAGGGUUCAUGUACAAAGGAAAAGGUAGAUGACGAUGAUAUGCGUGGACCAAAUGACACCUCAAACUGGAUCCUCAAAGGACGUGUUCUAACUGGUGAAUAUCCAGGCAAUGCAGAUGAUAACAUCCACUCUAAAAUAUUAAGUUCCUUAUUAGACUCUGGGAUAAACAUAUUUGUAUGUUUACAAUUAGAGAGUGAGUUAAAGGCAUUUAGAGCAUACCAACAAGAUGUAUUGGAGAUGGCAAAGCAAAAAGGAAUAGGAAAUAUAGAGUUUAUAAAUUUUCCUAUGGAAGACGGAGGCGCAGCCGAAAGCAUUACAGAGUUGGCAGAUUUUAUUGAUUUGCUAUUGAGCAAGUUGGAACAGGACUCUAAUAACCGUAUAUAUAUGCAUUGUUGGGCAGGACGUGGUAGAUCAGGGCUCAUUGCAUCUUGCCUCCUGGGCAGGUUGUAUCACGUUUCCGGACUGGAGGCAUGUCGAAGAAUACAAUUUUGUUACGAGCAGCGUGUUGUUGGCAUGGGCGAAUCUCCAGAAUAUUGGGGUCAGAAAUUACAAGUUAUAAAUUAUAUUAAGCUUUUAAAACAAAGAGAACAAGAACAAGAACAAGUACAAGAGGAACAAAAUGGUAAUAAUUCAAAUAGUUGA